UAUGGAGGAAUUCCGCUGUCCAAGUUCUUCACUUGUCAAGAUUUUACUUCGAAAAAGUAAAGAUGUCGAGGAUGGGAGUAGGGGAGAUGCCGAAACCCAGUUGGAAAGGAAUAGCGGCGAUGCCCCAUCUCCGGAUGAUCAUUGCCGGAAGUGAAGCUGCAUUUGAUGAACAUGAGAAAGAGAUGCAUCUACCAGGGAAAAUACGGUGGCUAAGUUGGGACUGGUGUCCCCAUGAGACGGUCGCCUUUCGCCAUAGCCGGCAUGAGCAGCUUUGUAUCCUCGAACUACACGGGGGUCACUUUAGAGACUUUCGAUCCCCUACCUUGGUGCUUCCAAAGCUGAAGGUCCUAGAUCUAACUUGGUGCGGCAAUCUCAUAAGGAUUCCUGAUUUCACUCAUCUCCCAUCUCUAGUGAAGCUUGUGCUUCAUUAUUGUACCUCGUUGAUUGAGUUGGACGAGUCUAUCGGCCAUCUUAUUAAGCUGGAGAAGCUGAUCAUGGAGGGAUGCAGUAAACUGAAGGGUCUGCCUGCUGGACUUUGUAAGCUGACCUCACUUGAAUUUCUUGAUCUUUUCGGCUGUAUGCAAAUCUCGGUAUUGCCAGAACAAAUAGGGGACUUGAAAUCCCUGAAACAUCUUGACCUGGGAAGGACGGGGAUAUCGUAUAUACCUCAUUCCAUUGGAAGGCUUCAAUGUUUAGAAUGGCUCGACCUUACUGGAUGCUCUUCCUUGAGAAAGAUACCUGAUCCUAUAGGAGGCCUCAAGAAUCUCUCGUGGUUGUCAUUGGCAGAGUGCAAAUUGUUGGAACAGUUGCCAAAUUCUAUGGGAACAUUGACAUCUUUAAAGGAAUUGGACAUUCGUAAUUGUGAAUCACUAAUAGAAGUCCCUGAUUCAUUGGGAAACUUGAAUAAUGAUCCUAAAUUAUUUGUAGAGGGUUGCCUCUCGUUGGAGAUAGUACCGAACUCAAUUAGGAUGUCAGGGGCGUGCUUUGAUGAACUCCACCUUAAUGGCUUUAAAUCAUUGAGGAGGCUACCUGAUUCUGUGGCGGAUUUGAGAAGUGUUCGUUGGCUGAGCCUUCGUGACUGUAAGUCACUUCAAGAAAUACCCGUCUCUAUCGACAGGUUGGAGUCUCUGGAGAUUCUAGACCUUUCGGGUUGUAUUUCGUUAAAAAAGAUACCAGAGUCAAUAGGCAACUUGAAGUGUCUAAAAUGCAUGAGCCUCAAGCAUUGUCGAUCACUCGAAGAACUUCCAAAAUCCAUGGCAGAUUUGAAGUCUCUCGAAGUGCUACAUAUUUCAGGUGGCAUGUCAGUGAAGAGGGUGCCUGACUUUAUAGGGAAGCUUAAGAAGGUUCGCGAACUGCAUCUAAGAGGGAUUGAAGAAAUGCCGAAUCUCAUUAGUGGCCUUCUCAGACUAGAAAAAUUUUGUGUGAGAGAUUGCCCAAAGUUGGAGUCUCUUCCUCGGCUUUCCUCUUCUCUUACCCAUCUUUCAGUCAUAGGAUGUAAAGCUCUACCGGAUUUGUCUGGCCUCGAGAGUCUGAAGUCUUUACAGGAGUUGGUAUUGGUCCACGGCGACGGCUUGGGUUGGAAACUGAUGGACAAAAUAUCACAGUCCUCGUUUGAACGGUUGGAACAUCUCCUCAUUGCCGGAGCUAGUGAGGGUUCAGACUUGCUGUUUCAGCUUCCAAAAUGGCAAUUACUCGAGCAACCAAUUAUAAUGCGGCUCUUUUGCUUGGUCGAGGAGCUGCCCUUCAAUGCACCACAGGUUAACGUAGAGAUCCAAGUCAAGGUAGAAGGAAAGGUCGUUACUGAAGGUACAUGGAAGGCACGAAAAGCUAAAGAUUUCGAUGUGCCUGAGAAGUUGGAGGUGGAAGGCAAGGCUUUGUAUGGGGUUGUGCUUGGGAAUGAAGAAGAGGAGAUAUACAGGUGCUAUGUCCAGGAAGGACGGGCGACCUUGAGGGUUAAGGCGACCUAUAAACAAUACCAUCUGAAGAUGGCCUAUUUUUAUGUUAAAUCGCCGAAUCUAGGACUCGAUAGUUCAGUGUUUUGAUUCGAUUGGGAAAUCUUG